AACAAAAAAUAAUUCGAAUUUUAUAUUGUUUUAUUUUUUGUUGUUGUGGGUUGUGUUGUGUUGCGUUUUCAUUGGCCCUCAAGUGGCGGUGCUUGUCUAUAAGAUUCAUUGAAAGUCAUGAUGGUCAUUAAGUGUCUGAUAGCAUUAGGAAUACUGAUCGGUAUAACGACAGCUGCCGAUAAUGGAUUUCCUUUGAGCAUAAUACAUAUCAAUGAUUUCCAUGCCAGAUUCGAGGCCACGGACACCAGCGGCGGUACCUGUGGCACUGAAGAUCAAUGCAUUGGCGGAUAUGCCCGAACUGUUUAUACGGUGAAGCGUUUGCUAAAUGAACAAAAGGACUACAAUCCGAUUUUCAUAAAUGCCGGCGAUAGCUUUCAGGGCACACUCUGGUACAAUAUUGGACGAUGGAAUGUUACUCAGGAGUUUCUUAAUCUGCUCCCAGCGGACGCUAUGACUUUGGGCAAUCAUGAGUUCGAUCAUGGUGUGGCUGGUGUUGUUCCGUUUUUGGAACAUAUCAAUACCACCAUGUUGGUGGCCAAUAUGGAUUGUAGUUUGGAGCCCACCAUGGAUGGUCUAUACGAGAAGUCAACAAUCAUUGAGCGAGAUGGUCGCAAAAUUGGAUUAAUCGGUGUUAUCCUGGAGACAACAUAUGAUUUGGCCAAUACGGGCAAACUGAUAUUCCGCAACGAAAGCGAUGCGAUUAAGGAGGAGGCACAAUUGCUAAAAGCUCAAGGAGCCAAUAUCAUAAUCGUUAUCUCGCAUUGUGGCUACGAUGUCGAUAAAGUGAUUGCUGCCAAUGCUGGGGAAUGGAUUGAUGUGAUAGUUGGCUCACAUUCGCAUACCUUCCUUUAUACGGGAGAAGCACCAGGACCAGAAACACCAGCCGGUGAUUAUCCCACCGAGGUUAUACACAGUUCCGGACAUCGUGUGCUCAUUGUUCAGGCCUCAGCCUAUGCCAGAUAUGUGGGCAAUAUAACGGUCUAUUUCGAUGAUAACGGCGAUGUGUUGGACUUUGAGGGAGCCCCACUCUAUAUGGGCGUGGAUGUGCCAGAGGAUGAGGAAGUGGUGGCAGCUUUGCAGCCCUGGAAGGAAGUGAUCGAUGAACAGGGCAAGGUUGUUAUUGGUAACACCAAGGUUGAUCUGACCAAGGAUGAUUGCAGUGCCGGUGAAUGUAAUUUGGGUAAUUUCUUUUGCGAUGCCAUGGUCCAUUCUUUUACUGGCCUAGCGCCAUUUGAUGAGAAGCCUUGGACAAAUGUCUCCAUUGGUCUCAUCAAUGUCGGAGCUCUGCGUGUGCCCCUCAAUCGAGGAGAACUUACCUAUGCCCACAUGAUCAGCAUGUCACCGUUUGAGAACACAUUGGUGGCCUACAAUUUGCCGGGUAGCAAAAUUGUGGAGGCUCUGGAAUAUGGUGUUAGCAAAGUGGAUCUGGAAAACGGAGUGAGCAGUUCCUACUACAACCUACAAGUAGCUGGCAUAAGGGUUAACUAUGACUUCACCAAGCCGGUCAAUUCGCGCGUUAUUUCGGUUCGUGUCCGUUGCGCCGACUGCGAGGUCCCCAUCUAUGAGGCUCUGGAGAAUGAUAAAUUAUAUCGCAUUGCCUCACCAAAUUUCCUGCAACAAGGUGGCGAUGGUUUCACCAUGCUGGCCGAGGGCACCGACGUCGAAUCUUCUGUUACCGAUAUUGAUGCUCUAAUCUCGUAUACGGCCAACAUUAAUCCCAUCUACACGGGUCUGGAUGGACGUAUCACUGUAUUGAAUUGAGAUUGAGAGAGAUUUUUAAAAUUUAUGUAAUUCUAAAAGGGAAGACAAAUCAAAUUUAGUAAAAACACAGAUUUUUACUUAGUUUGUCGAGAAUCCAGUUUUUAAAAUAAAAUUUGUAUUCAACCACAUAA